CGACCGGAAGUUGUAGGUGUCCGGUUUCAGUCUCUGGCUCUUGAUGUUGGGGCGGUAAAGAGUAGGUGAAAGUGUCGAUGCAUAGAGAAUAGAGGCAUUCUCAGGAUAUCCACAGACGGAAGUACAGUCUGGUAGCUUGAACAAUGGCGCUUAUUAAACGGUGUCACUCGCGAAUUAAACUGUUUGGUGUGAACCACCCUGAAAAGUGGUACGACCUUUCUUUUCACCAAGACAAAGUUAGCAGCUCUGCGUCGACCAUUCCCCCACUGACCUCGCCGGGUUUGACAGCAGACACAUCCCCGACAGUCCGCUGUGUCAGCCCUGCACCUUUUAACAAGACAAGACCUCAUGGACCGAAGCUCGUUCAUCCUCCUGCAGUGACACACAUGUCCGCCAGAGGGCUGAGUACCUCCAUGAAAGCCUUCCAGUAUGAUCUGAAACCAGGUGGACCCAGAUCUGAGGGCGGGAGGCUGUUUUUUGAUACACAUGCGGUGGUACGACUCUUUGAGGAUAAUGGCUUCAGUACUCAGCAAGCUGAGGUGUUGGUUAAAAUACUGGUGAGAAUGACAAACUCUAACAUGGAGGUCAUCUAUAGUGACAUGGUUACCAAAGUGCAGCAGGAGAUCAUGUUGCAGCGUGUGAUGUCUCAAAUAGCAUCUGUAAAGAAGGACAUGAUCAUCCUUGAGAAGAGCGAGUUCUCGACUUUACUGGCAGAGAAUGAGAAACUCAAGACCCAGUUGUUGCAGCUCAAGGUCCAACUGGCUGAUAUCAUGAAUAAAGUGCGCUCAGACAAUAUUUUGGACUUGAAUUUGGAAAAAAGCCGGGUAAAAGAAUUGAAAGCAGAGCAUGAGAAGAAGCUUCUAGAAACACGAAACAACAUUAUGGAAAUGACUGCAGAGCAUGAUCGUCAUUUAACUCAGACCAACAUGAAGAUAGACACUGAAGUGGCUGGUUUGAAAACCAUGUUAGAGUCUCAUAAGCUGGAUACUAUAAAAUACCUUGCAGGUUCAGUGUUCACCUGUCUCACUGUGGUCUUGGGUUUCUAUCGUAUUUGGAUGUAAGCAGGGCUAUGAUUAUGAUUUUCAUAUAACCCCUGGUAACAGGGGUCACAGACCAAACAUUUUUAAUGUUGGAAACUUUGCAUUUAUUGUUUUUAUAAAGAAAGACAUUUUGACUGUUAAAUUAUGUAACCCUCUCAGGACUAAGGCCAAUAUUUUUUUUAGCUGCUAUCGGUAUUUUCUAGCUGCCAGAAAUAUAGCUAAUAAAUGUACUUAUUAAAUGUUUUGGACAGUCCAGUUUUAUUCAGAUGGGAAUUUACUGCCCCCUAAAGAAACACUCUAAUAUAAAAAUGUAUUUAUUUUGUAAAUGUAUAUAUAAGGCUGUAGAUACUGGAGAGAAUAUCAAAGAAGGGUCAGUAUGACACCAUUAUAUUAUCGCAGAUGUAACUUGUAUCUAUCAUUCUGCUUUGCUGUUUCACAAAUGUUUUAACAGGAUUGAUUCAUUGAUGUUAUUUUAAUAAAUUUAAUUGCGCACCAAUGUAAACCUUGUGCAAACAAAUGAAGUGUCCCU